CAUCAUCCAGGGCUGGAGAGCUCGCUGUCACCCAGGGGCGUUCCCAUCACGCUCAUCUACGACCCUGCUUUCUUCUGAGGCAGGGUCCUGCCCCCUCCCGCCUCCAGCCCCCACCCAGGCCCAGUGGCUUCCAUGUGUCUGAUUGGUAGGCCACCUUCUAAAAGUGUGAAGCCCAAACGGAGAACAGUACAGAAGAGCUCGUAUGGGCCUGUUUGCUAAGGACGUACAAGACCGGAAUCGCUGCCAACGAUCAAUCCUAAACCUGGGUUGGAAAAGUAUCUAGACGGACCCUUGCCCCCGACAAAGAAGAAAAUGAUGACCGACGCCAGUGACAUGCUGGCCGCAGCGCUGGAGCAGAUGGACGGCAUCAUAGCAGGUUCUAAGGCCCUGGAAUACUCCAACGGGCUCUUUGACUGCCAGUCCCCCCCCUCCCCGCUCAUGGGGAGCCUGCGAGCGCUGCACCUCGUGGAAGACCUGCGCGGGCUGCUGGAGGUGAUGGAAGCGGAAGAGAAGGAAGGCUUGAGGUGCCAGAUCCCAGACUCGACGGCAGAAGCGCUGGUCGAGUGGCUUCAGAGCCACAUGACAAAUGGACACCUACCUGGGAAUGGAGAUGUGUAUCAAGAAAGGCUGGCCCGCUUAGAAAAUGAUAAGGAGUCCCUCGUUCUUCAGGUGAGUGUGUUAACAGACCAGGUGGAGGCUCAGGGAGAGAAGAUCCGAGAUUUGGAGUUCUGCCUCGAAGAGCACCGGGAGAAGCUGAAUGCCACGGAAGAAAUGCUGCAGCAGGAACUUUUGAGCAGGACCUCCUUGGAAACCCAGAAACUGGAUCUGAUGGCCGAGGUCUCCAACCUGAAGCUAACACUGACGGCCGUGGAGAAGGACAGGCUGGAUUACGAGGACAGGUUCAGGGACACGGAGGGGCUGAUGCAGGAGAUCAAUGGCCUGAGGCUAAAAGUUAGUGAAAUGGACAGUGAAAGAGUCCAGUAUGAAAAAAAGCUUAAAUCUACCAAAUCUUUAAUGGCCAAACUUUCUAGCAUGAAAAUCAAGGUGGGUCAGAUGCAGUAUGAAAAGCAGCGGAUGGAACGCAAGUGGGCGUCACUGCAGGAUGAGCUGGCGUCUUUAAAGGAGCAGCUGGACGAGAGGGAAUGCGAAGUGAAAAGGCUGCAAGACAAGCUGGUGACGAAAGGCGAAGGGGUUGAGCUGUUCGAUAGAGAUGAAAAUUUUAAAAAGAAGCUCAAAGAGAAAAAUGUCGAAGUCCAGAAAAUGAAGAAGGCCGUGGAGUGUCUGAUGGCAGCGAAUGAAGAAAAGGAUCGGAAGAUAGACGAUCUCAGACAGAGCCUGAACAGGUACAAGAAGAUGCAAGACGCGGGAGCCCAGGCCCAGGGCCACACAGGCAAGGACAGCGCGCAUGAAGACCUGCACCGCUCCGGCUCCGCCUCCACUCUGCGGGACACACAGGGCUCUGGGGACCCGGACCGGCGUCCUCCCUGCGCUCCAGGAGCGGGCUCUCCCAGCCAGGACCCGCCCACGCCCGAAGAGCUUCGCAGCAGCGUCGUGCAGGCGUCCACCCCCGCAUCACCGGCGUGUGCGCGGGCGGAGACUUUGGAAGAAUCCCUGCUGCAGCUGGCGGCGGAGGCGGCCCCCGAGGAGAAAGAUGGAAAAGGAGCCCUGGGUGCCGCUGUUGAAACUCGCCCGUGUGAUAGUCUCUUACCUUCAAGUCUGCAGAAAUCAAGCAGCCUUGGCAACCUGAAGAAAGACACACCAGACGGGGAAAAGGAGCCUGCUCAGAAGUCUUCAGAGGGUGAGUUUCCAGCAGAUAGCCACUCCUCUGGGAGCCUCCCACCCAGAGCUCCAAGGCAGGAAGUCUCCGUGGAUGACAACCCCUUUGGCACUCGAAAAGCCAGAUCUUCAUUUGGCCGGGGCUUCUUUAAAAUCAAAAGCAACAAGAGGACAGCGAGCGCCCCCAACCUGGACCGUAAACGAAGUGCCAGUGCACCCACCUUAGCCGAGACGGAAAAGGAGCCAGCGGAGCACCUGGAUCUGGCUGGUCUGUCUCCUCGGUCAAAAGACUCACUGGGGCCCGCUCCCUUCCAGACAUCCCCGCCAUCCCCAGACUCCCGGAAGAAAUCCAGGGGCAUCCUGAGGCUCUUUGGAAAACUCAGGAGAAGUCAGUCAACCACAUUCAACCCGGAAGACAUGUCUGAGCCUGAAUUCAAAAGAGGAGGGACGAGAGCGACCGCAGGGCCCCGACUGGGUUGGUCUCGUGAUUUGGGACAAUCCAACAGUAACCUGGAUAUGCCGUUCGCCAAGUGGACCAAGGAGCAAGUUUGCAGCUGGCUCGCCGAGCAAGGCUUGGGGUCCUACCUGAAUUCUGGCAAGCACUGGAUUGCAUCUGGCCAGACACUCUUGCAGGCUUCCCAACAAGAUCUAGAGAAGGAACUCGGGAUCAAGCAUGCGCUGCAUCGAAAGAAACUCCAGCUGGCGCUGCAGGCCCUGGGCUCUGAAGAAGAAACCAACCAUGGGAAGCUGGAUUUCAACUGGGUCACUAGGUGGCUGGACGAUAUUGGGCUGCCCCAGUACAAGACCCAGUUUGAUGAGGGGCGGGUAGACGGACGGAUGCUACACUACAUGACCGUGGACGACUUGCUGUCCCUGAAGGUUGUGAGUGUGCUGCACCAUCUCAGCAUCAAAAGGGCCAUCCAGGUCCUGAGGGUCAAUAACUUUGAGCCCAACUGUCUGCGGAGGCGGCCAUCUGACGAGAACAGCAUCACCCCGUCCGAGGUCCAGCAGUGGACCAACCACCGCGUGAUGGAGUGGCUGCGCUCCGUGGACCUGGCGGAGUACGCCCCCAACCUCAGAGGCAGCGGCGUCCACGGCGGGCUCAUGGUUCUAGAGCCUCGUUUUAAUGUAGAAACAAUGGCUCAGUUACUGAACAUUCCUCCAAAUAAGACCUUGUUGCGAAGGCACUUGGCCACCCAUUUCAACCUUCUAAUCGGUGCCGAGGCCCAGCACCAGAAGCGAGAUGCCAUGGAGCUACCAGAUUAUGUACUUCUGACAGCUACUGCCAAAGUGAAGCCAAAGAAACUUCCAUUUAGCAAUUUUGGGAACCUGAGAAAGAAGAGGCAGGAAGAUGGGGAAGAGUAUGUUUGCCCGAUGGAGUUGGGCCAGGCUUCGGGAAGUGCCUCCAGGAAGGGGUUCAGGCCAGGUUUGGACAUGCGCCUGUAUGAUGAGGACGACCUGGACCGGUUAGAGCAGAUGGAAGAUUCGGAAGGGACAGUGAGACAGAUAGGUGCAUUCUCCGAAGGCAUCAACAACCUCACGCACAUGUUGAAGGAAGACGACAUGUUUAGGGACUUUGCUGCCCGCUCCCCAAGCACCAGCAUUACGGAUGAAGACUCCAACGUGUGACCACAGCUCCAGAGCCCCAGGAGCCCGGCGUCCUUUGCCCCUGUCCUCCUGUCUCCAGCGCGCGUCUGCGGCGGGUCCGCGUGAAGCUGCCCGCCGUUCCGAUGUGCGCUUGCUCUGAAGUGGAGACGGAAAGUGGUUUCCGUGCCUAUUGUGAAGAAAAGCUGACACACUGGUGAAUGAGGGUACCCUUGCUUUUCCUCUAUUUAAUGUAAAGCCCUGUGAUGUAUCAUAUUUAAAGUGUUACAUUAAGACGAGUGUUUACCAUAGUGCUUCACACCUCGACGGAGGGUCUGGGGAGCAGUGACGAGCGUGUGACUGCCAUUGUGUGUCGCUGUCUCUGCAGCCAUGGCGGCGGGACAUUCUGUGCUCUGCAGAGCGCAGUGUGGAAUGAUGUUAGUGCUCAGUGUGCUAUUAACGCCAGCCACACCUCCACUUGCCUCUCACUGUCUUAUUUUUAUAUAUUUUUUCUAAAUAUAUGUAUAUAUACAGUAUAUAGCAAAACAGAACUUUUAUUUUGUGACAUCAUGUUGAAAAUAAAGCACAGGGAUCUAAAUUCUCAUGCACCAGCUGGUUCCUGAAGAUGUCAGGAUUGUCUUUUUCUUCACUGCUGAACUUUAACAGUGUUCAUCAUUCAGGAUACAUGACUACAUAUGAAAUACACUUUUUUGAGGAUCCCACAAAAUUUUUGUUGAACAGUCUAAGAAUUUGAGCUUUAGCAUUGGAUCCGUUCACCUUAUCAGGAAGAACUUGAGGGGUAUUAAUACACUUUUAACUUCAAUCUGACAUGUUCGUAUCCCUCUCAAAAAGAAAAAAAAUUCCUGGUCAAGUGACUUUGAAGAAAUCAAAACCAAAAACUUUACAGUAUUAAGUUUCUUUCUUUCUUUCUUACACUGAAAUACCAAGUCUGCCUAACCAUGUUACUUGCACAUUUCUCAGGCUAUCAAUGAAUAGGGCUUUAUAUUACUUCAAUCAGGAUCCAAAUAUCCUAAGGCUGAAAAAUGAGUUUGAUAAUGGCUGUCCUGUUAAACAAAAUGUAAUUCAUGUGUUUCUAUAUCUCAAAGCUCAAAUAACUCUUUAUAAAGCAAAUAGAAAGAUCUGGCAAAACUGUUCCCAUGUGUGUGUGUUGGAGAUGUUGGAGACAAUCUCUUCAGGGCUCCGUAGCGAGAGCUAGCCCUGGAGGACCGGAGUUCACACGCCGUGGGGGAGGCCAGCAGUUUGGGUAUGGCAGUUAAAACCUAUUUUUGGUUAAAACCUAUUUUUUUUUUUUAUUAUCAGUGGUUUCAUCUGUUAUGUCAUCAGCAAGUUAUGACACUGUUCCUCAAGAAACUUGUAACACUACUGUCUCUUCAUAAGCAGAGUGGCUUGAUGCUAUCAUGGUUUUCUUAGAGCUCUGCUGUCCAUUAUUUGAAAACUAUAUUGGGUCAUUCCUACAUUGGGGUAUUGGUUUAAUGUGAAUGAAUGUCACCAUUGGAAAACUCAAUUUCUUUUUAAAACCUGAUGGAAAAUAUCAGGAAACUGACAGAUGCCAAAUAGUCUUGAUUCAGGACAAUUGUAACAACAGAUGCUGUGUGAUAAGGUUACAUUUUUUUGAUAUACACUUUCUUUACAAAAUAUGAUAUACUGUUGCCAUUACUUUAUAAAAGAAAUAAAAGUCAAUUGAAAUCGUGU